AUGUGCCACGUACCAAAAGGAGAUAAACCUUUAAUUAUCAAGUGGACAUUUAGCGGUGGAGAUGUGAGUUCACUAAACGGUCUGAACAUCAUGAACGCGGGCGAUAGGGGUUCAGUUCUCAUAAUCCCAGCGGUGACGGCUAAACAUUCUGGCAAUUACACAUGCACCGCCUCUAACCUUGUCGCCAGUGCUAGCCACCACGCCACACUCAAUGUCAAGGUGGCACCAAUUAUAUCCCCAUUCGAGUUCGAUGAAGCCGUAUUUUACGGCGAAAGCAUACAGAUCAUGUGCCACAUUCCGAAGGGCGAUAUGCCACUGGACUUACGUUGGUCGUUUCAAGAUAAUCCUCUAAAAAAGUCUGAUGCAGUUGUUAUUACAAAAGAAUUGUCCUCACACCAAGGAAUAGCUACAAUGAAGAUUGGCGAACGAACAUCGUUGUUGACGAUAUCUAGUUCACAAGCCAGCCACAGCGGCGAAUAUUCUUGCCAUGCCGCUAACGCCGCUGGCUUGGCAGUUCAUUCGACCACAGUUAAUGUUCAUGUGUUGCCAUACAUCGUACCCUUUGAAGCUGACGAAUCGGUGUUUGCUGGAGAACCAGUUCAGCUUAACUGUCAUGUCUCCAAGGGUGACUUACCUCUCGACAUCAAAUGGCAUUUUCAUGGGUUCGAAAAUACCUCAUCGCAUCUAGAUAUUAUGACGAACAAAAUGACAUCGCGCACAUCAUUUUUGUCAAUAUCUGCGGCAACUGCUAGCCACAGUGGCAACUAUACCUGCGUAGCUACUAACAGAGCCGGUUCCACAAAUCAUUCCACUGUUCUUAAUGUUCAUGUUGUACCGCACAUUAUUCCGUUCGAAGUUGAAGAAUACAUAUUCGCUGGUGAAUCCGUGCACCUUACUUGUCAUGUAUCGAAAGGCGAUCGACCUCUUCAAAUAUCUUGGAGUUUUGAAGGCCAUGAAAUUCCUUAUCACAAUAAUAUGGGCAUAACGACUACUAAGUUAGGAGAAAAAGCUUCAGUGUUAAGUGUUCCAACUGCUAUGGGCCAACACAGCGGCAACUACACUUGCACGGCCAGUAACAGAGCCGGACGCGCAUAUCACUCUGUCCUCGUCAAUAUUCAUGGUAUUGGAUGUGUUCCCCUAGUACAAUAG